AUGGACAACACAUUCUCUGGCCAAGAUGCAGACGAUGAAGAUGAAGGUGGAGACCCAACCUUGUCUCUUGACCUGUUGACUGAACAAAUUGUUUACCUUCCCGAACAUGGAAUAUUUCAUUCCCUCAUGGCUCCCAGCACGACAGGUGGUACCGCACCCCCCGCAGACACCUCAUUCGAUGACUUUCUACCGAUGAAUGGCAAUUACGGUUUCACGGAUGCAGCUAUUUUGAAUCCCCCAGAAUCUACAGAGAACUACAUGGAUCAUCCGUCUCUAUAG